GUGAAGGAUCCGGCGAGAUCGGGGGAGAUAUGACCCCGCCCCAGCCCCGCCUUAUUUAAACCUCCAUUCCCUUCGCAAUACAAGCUCACUGUAAUCCAAACAGAAGUGCAGAACAUAGGCAACUAAAUCAUCAUCAGCCAAAGUAAAAUCGAGCAGCAACCAUGACGAAGGGCUCAUCUGGAAACUCAGGUUCAAGCAGUGGCAGCAAAGGCUACACUGUGACCAGCUCCGGUACCAACAGUCAGGGCAACCAUUACUGCAACCGCGACUACGGCCCGUCUGCUACUAAUCAAAACUCCUACCAUUAUUCCAACACCAAUGGCUCAUACUACUAUAGUAACCCUAACGGUUCGACUUAUUACAAUGAUGGCCGGGGAAAUGCUACGUAUAACCCUGGGAAGUAGUGAAAGCACCUAGAAUGCAUCAUUGGCCUCCUUCCAACAUAUUCACGGUCCUCUUUGCAAUUCGGGUAGCUCUGAUGGCUCGCCAUUUACACAGCUGUAGUUCAAUACCAUCAGCAUACAUGUUGGACUAUUUCAUAGCUAGCUUGGCAACGAAUCAACGAAGCAGUCCCAUUAAUCGGUCAUCCUCUCAUCUUUUCAUACAAGUUUACUCUUUGAUUCCAUGCUGAGCACCAUGCUCGGUAAGGUAAUGUAAAGACAUGUGUCAAUAAUACCAUCGUUCGGUAGAAUCACUUGGCCUUUCUUGAAUCACAACCAACGCAACAUACCUUUAUAAUCUUAC